GCUCGAUCACCCCGGUUGCCAAGCUCAGCCUUCUGCAAUUUGAUCGAAUUUGAUUGUUCUCCAUCCCAGCCAACCAACAUCCACAUCGUCUUGUAUCUUCCUCCGCCAUUGGCUCCACCAGCCAACGCCUGAGCCCGUGCUUGAUCCUCCUUACCGGUGCUGGAUUUCAGCUGAUCAUGCCGCUCGAUACGCCACCCCCUCCGCCCCCUCCUCCGCCGAGCACUUCUCGCAAUGCCGCACCGCCCACUGCUGCCCCGCAGCCACCUGCCGUGGCUAGCAGCGGGCCUCCCGGGUCCUUGCUGGUCAAGCUUCUAAUCUUCAACGGCCAUCCUUUCAAGAACCACUGGGCGUAUUUCGUCCCGUUCGCGCGGGGCGUCGGCGUUGGCGUCCUGAUGCAUGCAGCCGGCGAUGUCCGGACUGGAUUCGAGUUUCAGAUUAGAUGGCGGCACAAUUUCGACCUGACGGGAGGCAGGCCGAUGGAAAGAAUCCCUUUGCAGUGGAUUGACCCCCGGUUCCUGGACGAGGCUGCCAUGUUCGGCCAUGGAAGUCACAAAAUCGACAGUACCCCAGUGUGCCUGUUCGAGGCCAGCGCCGCCAAAAUCCAGGUCCCCGAAAAAUCGCUGAACUCGGUUGCUGAUACUGCCGCGGCUGGCAGGAGAGUCAUCCAGAGAGACUGUCAGACCCUGGAUAGUUGAGUCCGGCGACCAGCUCGUCCGAGACGGCAUAUUUGCUCCAGAGGUUGCGGCCUACCUAGAGAUGAUCAGACAGUGAUGUAAAAUCAGGAGCCGCCCCGCUGAUUUGACGCCCGCACGGCCCUCCGGGGGCAAACGUCAAAUUGCCCUGAUUUUAAUUUUGAACGUUAAGGCAAAAGAAUUGAGUAAUAC